CUUGGUAAAUGUCAAUUGCGAGAAACUGUUCAAGAGAAAGAAGAUGGCCUCAACUCCUCAGUUGUUGGAGAGGGAUCAAACUGGAGCAUGGGACAAAGACAACUAUUCUGUUUGGGGCGUGCUCUUUUGAGAAGAAGUAAAAUAUUGGUGUUGGAUGAAGCAACUGCAUCAAUUGAUAACAUAACUGAUAUGAUUCUGCAGAAAACCAUUAGGACUGAGUUUGCAGAUUGCACAGUGAUCACAGUAGCUCACAGAAUACCAACCGUGAUGGAUUGUACAAUGGUUCUUUCAAUCAGUGAAGGAAAUUUGGUGGAAUAUGAUGAACCAAUGAGCCUAAUGAAGACUGAAGGAUCACUAUUCAGGCAGCUUGUCAAUGAAUACUACUCUCAUUUUCAAUCUACUAUAGAAUCACGUUGAUGCUGGAAAAUUGGUUUUAUUGUGAACUAGACAUGGACUUGCGGUGCGGUUUAUUGAAAUUUCAUGUUUUUAUAUAAUAUUUUAAUAUAUGUAUAUCAAAAUUUUGUAACAUGAUAAUUAUUAUUUUGGAAUGUAAAGAUAUGAAAUAAAUAUAUGAAAAUUGUUAUAUAUUAA